AUGAAUCAAAGUGCUUUAGACACUAACUCGCAUUUGAUCAAGAAAACAAGCAGAAGCAUGAAAACUUUGGUGGUAAUUGCACUUCUCAUAUUCACUUGGAAUGAAAUAUAUGCUCGUACUGCAAAACGUUCUGAUGUCUACAUAGCAGGAUUUUUCCCAUAUGGCGAUGGAGUUGAGAAUUCAGAAACUGGACGUGGUGUUAUGCCAAGUGUUAAAUUGGCUUUAUCGCAUGUAAAUGAGCAUCCAAGAAUAUUAACUAAUUAUCGUUUACAUAUGUGGUGGAAUGAUACAGAGUGCAAUGCUGCGGUGGGUGUAAAAUCAUUUUUUGAUAUGAUGCACUCAGGUCCCAAUAAACUUAUGUUAUUUGGUGCAGCUUGCACCCAUGUAACUGAUCCGAUUGCGAAGGCUAGUAAACAUUGGCAUCUGACACAGCUUUCAUACGCAGAUACGCAUCCUAUGUUUACGAAGGAUGCAUUUCCUAAUUUUUUUCGUGUACUGGAGUCAAGUUUACGAAUCGUUCUUAAGAAAAAGUAA